GUCCCCCUGACAAGAGUCCCUUAACCACAGCCAAGACACUGCUGUCCUAAAGCAAGCAAGCAUCAACCUGAAAGAAGAUCACCAAGAGCUUUCCUGUGGAUUCCUGGGGCAGGAAGGCAAACGAAAAAGACGGAUCCUGCCACAGAGAGAGAAGGAGAGAGGCUGCUUCUGCCAGCAAAGACGAGGACAACUAAGAAAGGAGGACAGACUGCAGGUGGAAGGAAGGAGUGAGAACCUACAAGAUGAAUCUUCCCCCUGACUAUGAAAAACAUCCUUCGGCCACAACCGGUUUGCUACAACCUCCGACUGAGCCAACCCCCUCCAUGGGCUACGGACCACCUCCUCAAUAUCCUCCUUAUUACAACCAGCCUGGUGCAGGAGGCAACCAAGGUCCUCCCAUUCAUCAUGUACCACUGACGGUCAUCGUCCCGGAACCCGAGCCCACUCCUUCCCCUGAUUUCCUGGGUUAUUCCAUAUUCACCAUGCUUUGCUGUUGCUUACCCUUGGGUAUCGCUGCCCUGGUGUUCUCUAUACAGACUCGGCAAGACAACCACAACAGAGACUAUGCAGCAGCUCGGAGAAACUCCAGGAAGGCCCAGACCUUGAACCACACUGCCUUGGGAUUGGGCAUUGCUUUCAUCAUUCUGUACAUCAUCCUCAUGGUGUUGUUUUUCACCUCAGUCCUGUCUGUCUCAUCACGCCAACACUAUAAUUUCCAAACUCAAUUUGGCCACAACAGAGGGUGAACUGCUAUCUGCCUCUGUGAUCCUGCCAAUGCCACCAUGUGGACAUUGUAAUAUUGCUGUUCCUGAUUCUGUUUAUUUUGUUUUGAAAGCCUCUUGGGGGAAUAUAAUAAAU